UUGGAGCAAGCCACAUCUGAGGUUGCUGCCGAAGAUGCUGGGACGCUUCAAGUCCCAAAUCCAGCUCCACCAGCCAAGAAUAUAACUCCAAUCUUUGCCCCUCAAGGAAACACUGCUCCUUUGCCCGAGGCUUCCACUACUUUUGCCGACACCACGCUUGUUGCUCCAUCAGACGCCACUCCUGCCCCCACUAACAUUGUGCCAACUCCUCAAGGUGAAGUCUCCACUACUCAUGCCAAUGUUACGCCUACUUCUCGUAGCGUCGACUCUUUCUCUGCCAGCAUUUAUGAGCUCUUCAAUGACGUGUGGGGUGGCAUCAGUGACGAUGUCACUGGUCCCCCAUAG